AUGGGUUCCGGCCGGGAACAACCGGCGCGGCGCACCCGCAACAGAUCGACCCUGAGUUGUGAGUCGUGUCGCAAGCGCAAGGCCAAGUGUGAUCGCAAGCACCCUUGUACCAACUGCGUCCGAUGGCAAGCGGAGACUUGUGUCUACAGCUCGAGCCUGGCGACACCGGGCAGUAAAGGAGACGGCUCUGUGGUAGUCGAGCCUGCAUUCACGGCAAGGCUGCCUACUCACAGGCGGAUCGCGCCUUUGACGCUUCCAAAUCAAGAACCCGGUGCAGGGGAGGCGAGUUCAGCCGCCGGUCCUAAACCACAGGCUUCGACACGAACCAGGGACGUCACCACUGGCGGCAUACACGUCUGGCGGUCCACGCCGCUAGCCAGCAUCUUCAUUGGCAUUUCAGAACCAGCGAGCAGCACAUCGCGGACCACGAACAAGCCGCGCGUUGCCAACGCAAGCAAAGACACAGAAGCCGCAGUCUACGACAGAGACAAGGAUGUCGCUUUGCAGGAGCCUCUCUUUCCCGCGCUCGAGGGUACGAGCGGCCCCAUUCGUGGCGCAUUUUACAAGAACAGAUACAUUGGCCAGAGCCACUGGAUGUACGCAUGGCCGCUGUACCCGCCGGCUCUUGCCAUUGUCGGCACGGAAAUGACCAAGAAGGGGGCUUCUUGGAAAGCAUUCCAAGAUUGCAAGGCCUUGGCUCGCCUUGUCAAGUCCCAGAAGCCACCUUCGUCUGCGAGGCUAAGCUGCACCGACUUUGGAAGGCAUCUGCCGUCAUACGCUCUCGCGGUCGCAUUCCUCGAUGGGUAUCUCGAGACGUUUGAGACGGUUUACCGAAUCUUCAUGGUUCCUACCUUGAAGCGUGACUUUGACAGCAUGUGGGACCGUGGUGCCGAAGACCAGCCAGCAAGCCGGGAGACUGUCAUACAAGUACAGCUCUGCCUUGCUAUUGGAGCGACAGCCGGAUCAGAAGGAUCGUCACUACGUCCCCUUAUCACGCAAUGGGUAUCCGAGGGGUGUGCGUGGGCGGCACACUCAACCCAGAAGGCCAAGCUUUCCAUCACGGGGCUGCAGAUUCUGUGUCUGCUGCACAUUGCCAGACAGGCAUGUGCCAUUGAGGCCGACCUGUCGUGGAUCCCCGCGGGCUCGCUCAUCCGCACGGCCAUGUGCAUGGGCUUCCACAUUGAUCCGUCCAUGUUGCCGGCCAUGCCUGCCGCUGAUGUCGAGCUGCGCCGCCGGCUGUGGGCGACUGUUCUUGAGAUUGUGCUCGAGUCGAGCAUCAGCGCGGGAGCACCUCCACUCAUCUCGGCCGAAGAUGUUGGCUGCAAGUUCCCCUCAAACUGCAACGACGAUGAACUCGUGGCGCAGGCAGCGGUGGACAGCCAUGACGCCGUGCCACAGGCGACGAGACCUACUGGAGAGUACACCGAUACAUCAGCACAGAUUGCCCUGGCAAAGUCGUUCAAGGCGCGACUCGCCAUCGUCAAGACCAUCAACCAACCCAACGUGGCCAUGGCAACGAGCUACGACGACCUGAUGACGCGAAGCACGCGUAUUGACGAGGCUUGUCAACAGCUCCGUUCUGAUCUCGCCCACCCCAAGGCCACUCCGUUUCAGCGGAAGUACUGCAGUCUCAUGCUGGAGCGAUACUACCUCGUCAUCCACAUCUCCUACCUGUCCCUCGCGUACCAGAAGAAUCGUUACGCAGCGCGGUACUCGCUGUCGCGGACGACCUGCGUCGACACGGCGCUGAGAGUCAUGUACGCCGGCCUCACACCGGCUUCGGCCGUCUUCAAGAAAUCGCCGCUCUCCGCGUUGAUGACUUGCUCCUCUGGGACAGCCUCUCCGGCCGACACGACGACCUGCCAGCAGUCGGAGGAGUACUUUCCUGCCCUGCUGCAGCGUGGCGGGGGCCAUCUCCGAUCGAUCCCCCUGCAGUGUAUCCUCGUUCUCGCGCUCGAGCUUAUCACUCGCACGGCCGGUAAUGACAACCCUCGCAGUUGCUCGCUGGGCCACCCGUCGCCGGCAGCACCUGCGGCUGGUGGUGGUGGUGGUGGUGGUGUUGGGGGCGGCGGUGCGAUGCUCAGUGCCGCACUCUCGCAUCCGCCAGGGACGACGGGCCAGUUUGAGAGCCUGCGGGACGUCGAGGUGCACCUGCUGCUGCGCGUCGGGGCGGAGUGGACGGCACGGCGGGUGUCGGUGGCGGGGGACAUGUGCGCCAAAGACCACGCUUUUGUGGCGCUGCUUGUCGCGAUAGCGGAGGGGCAGAUCUGCAGGCGGGCGGAGGGCGGAGGGGGUGGCCUUGACAAGGACGAGGCGGACGUGGUGGUGAGAGAGAGGUACUGCGCGGCGUUUGAAGAGUGCAGAGAGCUGCUGAUCCAGAGACUGAGGGCAGGCGGUGUUGGUGUUGUUGCUGCUGCUGGCGAGGAGUCGGUCGGCCACGACCAUGUCGAGGCAGCGAACACUCUGGCAGAUCUGGAUGGAAGGGUGGCAGAGGAUGUCAUGUGCUGGUCUGGAUAUGGCGAGGUGGACAUGGCGGAGGGCGACAUGUUGAACGGGUUCUGGAUGGGCGAUGUGUCGGAUGAUCUCGACUGGGACGGCAUCAUGGACUUUACAUCCUUCUAGGACUGGUCGAUGUGUAGACUUGUAGACCUCUGGACCUCUAGUGUGGGCUGCUCAGAAGAAGAGACAGAGCCAUGGAAUGGAGACAAGACGGAGAAAGAGCCACCGGCCUGCUGCUGGCGCCUUCCGUGGCCACGACCAUGGCUUUCUCCGAUUGCACCUG